AUGGAUAUCAACAAGUCUGAGUCCUAUCGCGAGUUCCGCAGGGCGUCAGUGGACAAGUAUCGCGACCCCAACCUCAAUCACGACCGAGAUGACGCAUCUUCGGUCUGCUCAGAGGCGCUAGGAGACGACCUCCCUCCCGGAUAUUAUUACUCUCCUCAGUUCCUUGGUGCCAUGGCGGUUGGUUAA